GCGCAGCCCAGUGCGCUCCAGACGCCCAACUCACCCGUGUGCGCAACACCAACGGAGUUUAGGGUUGCCUAUAAUAGUAGAAAAAACGCAUCUAUUGCAGUUCUACUUUCGGAGUAAGAGGAGAUUCUUUCUAAUCAAACAUUUGCAUACUUGAAAUACUCUCAAACAUGACCAUCGUCUCGGAUGGCGGUGACGUUUUUGAUGGAGAUACGCAUCCUGACACUUCAUGACAAAAGACGUUCAACUACCUUCAGCGUCCUAUCAGCCUUGGCAAACAAGAGGAGCGAAAAGCACAGGAUGAAAAGCACUGGCUUACUACUGGGUUACUUUUUGAUGAAAGUUCUUGUGUGCGAUGCAGAGGGAGAACCUGGACAGAACCUCGAUGGUGUGGUGACUGCGUCGGGGUCCAACGGCUCCAGAGACGGGGAAAACGGUCUCUCUGAGACCCCUCACACGGAGGACAGGUGUCGGGGCUAUUAUGACGUGAUGGGUCAGUGGGAUCCUCCGUUCGUGUGCCGGACGGGUAGUUACCUGUACUGCUGCGGGACCUGUGGCUUCAGGUUCUGCUGCGAGUUUAAGAACUCUCGGUUAGAUCAGACCACUUGCAAAAACUACGACACGCCACCGUGGUCCAUGACGGGUAGACCACCGCCGAAGACGAUAGACCAGCACAAUCCGACGAAGGAUAAAACGAAUUUGAUUGUGUAUGUCAUAUGCGGAGUAGUUGCUAUAAUGGCGUUGGUUGGGAUAUUCACCAAACUUGGUUUGGAGAAGGCGCAUCGACCGCAUAGAGAGAACAUGUCCAGAGCCCUGGCCCAGGUGAUGCGUCAGACAGCUCCGGGGGAACAUGUGGAGAGAGAGGAGAGCAUGGCAGUGCACGGACAACCCUAUGAGAACAUACAAGCCCGAGCAACAGGAAACAACCUGCAGGGCACCCAGAUAAACAGUGUUGCGCCUGGUUCGUCUCUGAUGCAGACCAUGAGUCAGUAUCCCUCCCUCGGACAGGUAUCCCACCCAUAUGAGACGUCUCAAGCCGGGAUGGAGCUCAACAAGUAUGCCUCGCUCAAGGCUGUGGCUGAGAAGGCGAAUGAAAACUUCUACACCAACAGACGACACUUAGCCGACCUGGCGGCGAAAGGCACCCCGCUUCCCAUGCACUCCGUGAGUCUGGAGCAGGAGCCCACCAACCCCUACAGCCCCGAGCUGCCCUGCCAAAAGCAGAACGGACACAAGUCCAAAAGCACCAAGGUCCACAGUUCCCACCCGCUGGCUUAUGGCUCGAACACCAUCGCCAACCCCGGCAUGCUGAAAGGGUGGGAGGUGACGGAGACGCUGGGCCGCCAGCACACGUACGCUCCCAGGAAACACGGCACCACCGUGGAGCAAGUGAACGAGCUGACGUCCACUCACAGCCAGCACUACCUGCCUCCUCAUCCGUACUUUGUCACCAACAGCAAGACUGAGGUUACCGUGUAAUUGAGGCCACAGCAGUGGGUUUAUCGAGCCCGGUCCUGAGCGGAUGCAUGGAACGGAUAACACAGAAGGUGUGACCGAGGAAGAAGCAUGGAUUAGGAUGCUGGCCUGCUGGAAAGAUUGCGCGAGCAGUCUGGCUCGAGGUAUGCACGGCCCAUUAUCUGUUGGCUGUAUGUGUGCUGUUUGUCUUUGAGCGGUUGUGCAUCGAACGGGCACGCGUUGAACUUCCGCCACGUUCGAAAGGAAACGCAUAAUGUUUUUUCAUUGCGUCCAUUCCGUUACAAUGCCAAUCUCACCUGUAGUGAUGAGUUUUUGUUAAGGCCAUCCAUCAACGUGAUGACAUUCAAUGCAAUGAAGUCUAAAAGAUGGGACCAAUGUCAUUUACCGAAACAAAUGUUUCCCAGUGACAGCAGGAGCUCUCUGGAGACACAUUGUUUUUCACACAAACUUGUACAUAACAGAUGUUACCAAGGACAAACAGUGUCAAAAUCUUCCUCACAUCUAAAGAGCAGUUUGAACGAUAAAGGAUGAUGUGAGGACAACUGUGUCUCCGGCUCAAAGAAGAAUUCAGAUUUCAUUUCAACACUGGUUGACUUUCCACAGUGCGUGCACCAAAAACCUGUAGCAGUUUAACACGCUAUAUCCUGACAAACGCUGGGCUUGUGCCUUUCCAAAAACAAAAGAACUCAAUAUCUGAAAACUCUUGUGCUUUUCAGCACGCGGCAAUUCUUCAAUAACAAAGAUGCAUAAAUAUAAACAAAUCUAUUGUUUACCGUGUUCCUUGUCAGUGUUCUCGACACAUUUUUCCCCUCUGUUGCAUCGAUUUUCUUUCAUGUGUACCGCAUAUGCCCCGUCUGUUAGUGUAGACUGUAGAAUUUGAUGAAUGUAGGGUUAAUGUAUUAUUUUUCAAUGUUAGGUAUGAUAAGGGUGGAAGGCCUUCGACCUGAUGCCGAACAAGAUUAUUGCAAUCACUGCCAUUAAUGUAUUCUCGGUCUGUUUAGUAUUGAUAACUUAUUGAGUAGUUGCUCUUUUUGUCUUUAGCGUCAUGAUGUGAAGCUUACAGGUGCAGAUUUACUUAACAUAAGGGCAAACAUUUACAGGUUGACAAUAGUUACAGAGUAAAAAUUGCAAGCAUUUGGUUUUCAUUUCAAUAGCUUUUUGUCAUUACAAUCUGAAUUAUAUUAUUAAAUAUCUGGUUUUGUAUUACAACAUGCUGUGGGUCACAGUCACAUAAACUUGGUUUGGAAUAGGGGAUUUUAGUGCACUUAAAAUAUAUGUACUGUUUUUAGUAUGUAGUAGACUUAAAGGGGUAGUUAGCCAAAAAUACAAAUUCUGUCAUCAUUUAUUUACCCUCAUGUCGUUCAAAACCUGUAUAUGACUCUUUCUUCUGUGGAACACAACAGAAGAUGUUUUGAGAAAUGUCUCGGGGCUGAAGUGAAUGGGCUUGGGCGCCAAUGUUGUUUGGUUAAUGACGUUUUUCAAAAGAUCUACUUUUGUGUUCUGCAUAAGAAAGUCAUACAGGUUUGAAAUGACGUGAUGGUGAAUAAACGAUGACCUAAUUUUCAUUUUGAGAUGAACUGUCCCUAUAAGGGCCGAUCACACUAAAUGUUGUGUUUCAUUCCUUUCCUUUUAUUUCUAUGUAAACAUGCAAGAGUUGUUCAAAUGUAUAAAUUAGAGAUGACUGACCAACAGGUCUAAACACCACAGAUGGAAAUACUGGCUCACAAUCAAACAUCGAACUAAAUCACAUUUUGGUAAUGCAUCGAAAAAGUUCUGAAAAGUACUUUAGUUUUAAAAAGAUGCUGCAUGGAAACUGAACUUGACGGUAUAUUUUUUGAACAUUUUCAAUAUAAUAUUUACACUUCAUUCAGUACAGAAGCCCUGGAGCCUGACAUCGUAUCCUUUUGCUAUUACUCUUUGCCGGGUCAGAAAUAAUUUUGUAUACUCAACGUGACUGACCUAUCCAUAUUUUAGUAAGUCAUUCAAAGGUCUACAGACAGAAGAGCUGGAAUCAUGUCGUAUGGAAAUUUGGGAAAUAAAAAAAUAAUAAAUUGCUGCAAGAAAUGAACAAUGAAACAAUAUCAAAAUGGCUUCCAAACGGAACGAAUGCUUUAUCAAGAUUUUCCUCUGAAAAGAUUACAAUACAAGCUCAGUUUAAGUACAUCUCCUUAUGAAUCUGAAAACUGACUUUGUGCGUCACGGCCACAACAACAUGCAACAAACCAGCACUUAAGGUUGACAUAAUGACCGCAGCUCUGUCAGUCAGUGAGUCCACUCAACGUCUAUUAAACCUGAGUGUCUCACUGCAGGUGACCUGAUGACUCAGAGCCCCCUACAGGAUCACUCACCGAGUAGGGGACGUUUCUUGGAAUUAGUUAAUUAACUACUGUACCGGUUCUCCUGAAAUCGAUGGGGAUUAGCACAGAUAACGUACAAGAUCUAUGCAGCUUAAGGAAGCCUCACAGCAAGAUUCCAGAGGUUCAUCCUGACUGCAUAAUCUGAAACACGAAACAUCCACCUUGACAUAAGAAUCAGGCACGUGAGAAAUUAUCAUUCAAAUAAUGAGGUUAAUACUUGCUGUUCAUUUAAUGGUGCCCACUUAUAGAAUUUAUUUGCAUUCGCGAUCUGUUUGUUAUGCAAAGUAGGUACUGGUGCAAACACACCGCAAAUGUGUUCAGAAUGCAAAUGGCUCUGAAUGCAGCAGACUAACACUAUGACAUGCUUUCCCCAUUACAGUCCAGGCACCUAAAUUGAUUCCUUAACACACCAAAAGUGCCCUUAACGGCAUGGCACGUCUGGAUAUAUGCCCAAUGUCAUCAUGUGAUCGUCAUCACUGGUCAAUUACCGCUGGCGUAAACAAAAUAUGUACGCAAAUGACUGUUUUAUUGCUCUGUUAAUGUUGCGUUUACCGCCUGGUUUCCAGUGAUGGCUCUAACGCUAACUUUUAAUUGCACCAGGCAAAUUUGCAGCGACUUGAAUCGCAAUCUAAAACAAGCCUCAAUUACAUGGAAAGACAUGACUGCGCUGAAGAGAAUGACAAUGACCAUACAUAUACGUCUGACUGAUAAGAAUUUUUACAGAAUUCACCUUUAAAGGGAUAGUUCACCCAGAAAUGAAAAUGCUGUCCUCAUUUACUCGCCCUCCUGUCAUUUCAAACCUGUAUGACUUUCUUUUUUCUACAGAACACAAAAGAAGAUAUUUUGAAGAAUCUCUGUAACCGAACAACGGCAAUACAGUACCUAUUGACCUGCAUUGUUUUUGUGUCCAACAUUAUCAAGAUUCGUCAAAAUAUCUUCUUUUGUGUUCUGUAGAAAAAAGAAAGUCAUACAAGUUUUGACAGAAGGGUGAGUAAAGGAUGACAGAAUUUUGAUUUUGGGGUGAAGUAUCCGUAUAAAUGUGUUGAUGUGUGAAACCGCAUCACGUUGAGCUUACACAGAGGUCGUUUUAAUACCGAUUGUUGUUUUCACCUCUCGUUGUGCCUUGCUGUUCAUUAACAGACACCCACUUUCUGCGUCGCUCAUGUUUAAAUCCAUAUAUUUGUUUCUGUUGUUGAGUCUUAUAGAGCUCUGAGCAUUUGUUUAUGUUUGAGUUGAAUGCAGAGAACAUAGGAAGAUCUAAAAGAGGGCUCAAGUCAAGAGAUAAAACGACUAGUGUUCGACAGUUUAUAACAUGCAAUCCAUCAUCUGUACAUUACGCCAUGAAGGGCUGCGAAUUACCUGACAAACUUUAAUGCUGUGAUCAUGUUUCGAUGGACGGAUUCUGUGUUCUCUCACAGAUAUGUACUAUAGGCUGUGCUACAAUGGUAUUGCCCUUUAUUCCAUGGUAAAAAAAGCUUCACAUCCCCACUGCGAUUGUUAUUAAUGUUAGUUAGUUUGUUUGAUUCUGUAACUGGUUCAUUUUUAAAACCCACCUGCCUAUUUAUAGAGUGUCAUUUUGAAAGGUAAUACCUCAAAUACUUUUGACAAGUAGAAACCCACUGUUAUAACUGAAUGAACUGUUAUUUGUUUAUUCUGGAAAUAGAUUUGGAUAUGCUAUAUUAUCGUACUCUUUUAUGAUAUUGUCAUAUUUUUUCACAUAAUGCCAGAGUAGUUACACGAUAACUUGAUAUUUGUAAGUAGUAGCAUAGUAGUUACUAAACAGACCAGUUGUCCAGUUCAGUGGUCUAUAUUGUAAAUCACAUAUAGAUGAAGCAUUGAGGAUUAAAAUGACCCGCCAAACAAGAUCAAAUCAUAAGUGUCAUUCAUUAACAGGGUUAUUUUGUGAUCCAGGUUUAUAUGAAAAUGUGUCCAUAUACUGUAGUAUUCGGUUAUAAUACUGUGUGUGCCUCAGUGUGCUCUUUACUGGGAAUGAAAAAUGAAGCAUUUGGGAAACAGUGAACUUUAUGGCACGUCUUACUGCCCAUAAAUCACGUUUAAACACUAAGGUACGUUUUUUUAAACAGCAUAUUCUAUGUAACAUUUCUAUGUGAAAGUUGAAAGUUUAAGCACUGUUGUAAUGUUCAGAUCACAAUACUUAUUUACAAUAAAUGUCUCUUGUCUA